AAUACAGAGAUUAAAACCUUUUUAAAUAAUAAUUAUGUUUCUUUGAGACAUAAAUGCCUGAUUCAUCAAUUUUGUUUACAGAUGACUCCAAUCCUUGUACUGCUCUUGUUUCAAAAUGUGGGCAUUAGCAAGAAACAUUACCUAGUUGAAACUCAGCAGAAAUUGAGACAAGGAGAAAAUGGCACUGACCUUGAAAGGUUUGUACAGGACUUGGUACAUGAAGUCAAUGGUUCUAGCCUUGGAAGACCAAAGCAGGAAAAAGUUCAAGGAGGCCCUGGUACAACUCUUGUAACCUCUUUUCAGGAACUAGCAAACAGAGAAGAUGGGACAGAUUAUUUCUUCAUUUUAUCUGCGCUAUUGUCAUUAUUUACUCACUCUCCACCAACUCCCACUUUCUAUUCUAUCAGAGUACUACAAAUCACUACAUAUAUGUUCCGAAAGCUUAGUUUAGGGUGUGAACCUGUUCCUCCUCCUCCAGGUUCUCCAAUAAAUGGAAUUGGUGGAGGGGGCAACAAAAAGGGAAAGAAAAAGCGGAGAGGAAAAGGUAAACGGAGGGGAAAAGGUAAACGAAGGGGGAAAGGUAGACCUCAAAUUUUUAUUUGAAUACCUUCAAAAAACUGACAAUCUUGGUUUAAUUGGUCAUGCUACGUAAGUUAUGUUAUAUGUUAUAUGUUUAUUUGUUUAUUUGUUGUAGCAAAAAUAAAUAACAAUAAAUAAGAAAUUGUUAAA